GACAACAACACAACGAAAAAUUCCUGUCCUAUUUCUAUUUCAAUCUGACGUCAUUUUGUCUGAGUAAAAUAAUUUAAAUUACACACUAAUAUUUUCUAAUAAACAACGAUUAAUAACACGAUAAUUAUGGCUGAUCCUAAAUACGAGAAUCUACCGGGUAUAGCAUACGACCAGCCUGAUGUGUAUGAAACCGGUGAAUUACCAGAAGCUGAUCAGCCGGAGCCCUCCGAGGAAGAAGAAAAUGAAUGUAUUGAACAACUUCAUUUGUCUGUGAAAGAUUCAUUUAACAAAUUCAAAGGGAAAUUUCUUACUGGCAACGUCGAUUUCUCGGAUCGUCUGAGUCGGAAAACGAGGAUUGGGUAUAGGGCUGGAGAAUGGGAACUGGCAGCUGAGGGAGAACCUGAAACAGUCUUGGAGAAGUACAACAGACUCCGCUGUGAGUUCUCAGAGUUAUUAGAGGAAGUGGCUGAACAGCAGAAUAAAGCUACUGAGAGCGAGAAGGAUGAGUAUACAAAACUGGCAUCUCAAAUCAACUCAACUAAGAAAUUACUUGAGGAACUGAAACUGGAGGAGGGAGAGCAAAUAGAUCCCAAAGCAGAGAAAUUAAAAGAAUAUUUGGCGGCUAAUGGCAAGAAGAAAGGAGAAGUAGUCACCGCAUAUUUGAAACUGAAACCUCAAGUGAACCUGGCACAGACAACUAGAAUAGCUCAACUUGAACACAGGUUACAUAAACUAGAACAAGCAGCGGGCGUGAGAGAUGAAGAGGCAUUCCGGAAACUGCAGGCGGUCACGGGACAGGCGACGGUGACGGGCGCGGCGGCGACGCUGGCGGCGCGCGCGGCGCUGCUGCGCGGCGGCGAGCUGGCGGCGGCCGAGGCGCGCGUCGCGGCGCUGCUCGCCGCCGUCGACUCGCUCAAGGCGGCCGUGCGGCCCGCAGACCCCGACCAAGACGCCAAGGUCAACGAACUGUACAAAUUAUUGCAGCAGAUAGAUGGUGUAUCACAUUCUGAGAUUUUGGAGCGGAUGGAAGCACUAGAAGCCUUACAUAAUCAAGCGAGCAACUUCGGAAAAUCACUCACCGAAUUAGAAACACUGCAAAGCACAAUAGCUAGUGGGGUUCAAAAUAACAAGGAACUCCUACAGGGAGUCCAAGAGGUGUUCGCGCACAACGUGGACAGUCUACAGAAGGAGAUCAAGAAGUUGGACGAGAGAAUCGCCAAACUCGUCGCGGCGUGAUGUCACCAAUAGAUGUCGCUUGCUGUAGCCAUUAUCCCUCGACAAAGAACUUAAAGUCUGCAUGCUCUGAUAAGAGGAUUAAGUUAUGUAAAUGAUAAAGGCUUAGUGGCACAAUGUGAAAUUUACCCCUCACCAAGUCAGCAAAACAUGAGAAUAUUAACAAAUACAAAUCGAUUGGGAAAAAUCGUACGUAGGUAUUUAUUAAAAACGCGGUUUGUAUAGUAUUCUCCUCCCCAAACAAGUAACUAACGAAUCCAUCUAUAAAUACGUUAUCGCUAUUGCAUGCAUAAGACGGAACGAGAUAGCGAUGCUGGACGUUUUGUUCUUUCUCAUGUGAACCCUAACGAAAACGUAUCUAUUGAUGGAUUCGUUAGCCACUUCUGUAAACGGGAUAUAAAAUAGCUCUGCCUUCUCUUUCCUUUAUGCAACUUAAUCCCUCUUUAUACAAGCCCAAAUUGGAGCAUGCGUCGCACAUUUUAUAGCAUUGAAUUUUGCUGCAUAUUUUGUAAUAUAUUUAUAGGGAACUUCACGACUUGAUGAAGUGGACCUUAUAUACAAUUGCAUUUUUUUUCUCAUUUAAAAAUCACUUUUUGAAAGUGAUGAAUAUAAAAUGUUGAAUAAUAUAAUUAAAUUUUUACGUAAUUAUGUAACAACAUUUUAAUUUCGUUUUUAUUCCCGGUUUGUUCUAUGCUACGAGAUUGUUAUGCAGCAAAUGUUUAUAGGAAAUUAACAAUUUUUAAUAUUUCAAAAAGAACUAUGGCAUUGUUACAAUACGACAUAUUUUAAUAUUAUUGUAAUAGGCACUGUCAUGAAAAAUAAGUUAUAUUCAGGUCUAAAUGUUUAAAUAGUGCCAGAAAAUUUAUUCCGUUAUUAUUUUUUAUGCCUCAAUUCUCAUAAGACGAAAUAUAACCAUUAUUAUUAUAAUUAAUUCUCAAGAUUGUUAGACUGCUUAUAAAUAAUUUAUUUUAAAAUAAAGCUAUAUUAUAAUC